AUGAAAAAGAAUGGAUUUCAAAGACCAUUUCACACUUUGCAAAUUAUUGCUUGAGCUCUUAUAGGAUCAAUAACUGUUCUAUUCUAUGUGUUUGUUAUACCGGUUUUUCCAAAUGAGUUACAGAUAAUGAUAGGGAUAAUUUUUUCAGCUUUUUUUCUUUUAACUUUGAUAUUGGGAUUUUUAUGCACUUUUAUCGAUCCUACUGAUCCAGCUAUACAUGAAGAGCUUAUUGCAAAAAAAGAAAUGUAAAAACUACUCAGGAAAGAUUUUGAUUUAAAAAAGUAUACCUUUUCGGAUAAUAAUCUAUACUAUUAAAUUUAAUAUCUCUCCAUAUAAUACCUUAAAAAAUCCCAAUCCAUAGUGAAUAUCCUAAAAUCUGUCAAAUGUGUAAAGCACAUGUGCAUGCAGAUAGCAAACAUUGCAGAGAGUGUGAAAGAUGUGUGGAUCACUUUGACCACCAUUGCAAGUGACUUAAUAAUUGCAUUGGAAGAAGAAACUAUAAAUUAUUUGUUAAAUUAAUAUGAAGUUUGGAAGUUUUGGUUUCAAUCAUCACUAUAUGUGGAUCUGCUGCAUUCAACGAAAUUUUAAAUGGGCAAGCAUUUAAAGAACGGUUGGAGGAAAAUUUAAACAUUACUGGAGAUGGGAUAUAUUGCUACCUUGUUGCUGUUUGCUUUAUGGUGGUUGUUAGCGGCUUAGUGGCUAUCGCAAAUGCACAAUUGAUUGGAUUUCACACAUGAUUGAUGCUAAAAAAAUUGACGACUUAUGAAUAUAUUUUGAGUAAAAGGAAGGCUAAAAAAUAUGAAGUGGUAGAAGUUACAGUGAAUAAUAGUAAAGUAGUUAUGGAAGAAAUUCCUUUAGAAGAAAUUUUUGAGCCAUAUAUUGAUAAUCCUGAAUAUGCAGAAUCAAAGCCAAUAAGAAAUAUAAGAAAUUCUUCAGGAACGGUCGUUCCUGUAAAUUGGAACGAGUUACAAAAAUUCACAAAUUCAAAUUUUACCCUUCAAAAUCCGGCUGAUAAUGAAAAUGAAGUUGAAAAAGAAAUGAAAGUUGCAAAAGAAGAAAAUGCACAAGAAGACCCUUCGAUGGAGAAUGAAAACUCUUGCAGAUUAAGUUAAGUUAAGUUGUGUUAUGCUAUAAAUGGUCUGGCCAUAAGAGCAUAAAGUACAAAACUUGCCUUGUCCGGGCUCCUAAAAUAGUUCAAACACGAAAAUAAAAGGCUGCCCUUUAUGAUUUCUAACUAAACCACCUGUCCAAGGUAUUAACUCGCUAAUACAGAGCCACAAUCUAGUCCAAUGGUCCCGAUAAGUAAAACCAUUUGCUAGGUAAAAUCUGUUUUACCUAUCUAGUAAGGACAUGAAAACCUUAGGGAAAAAAUCAGAUCUUCCUGUUUCAGCAGGCAUCCCUUUGAGAUAGUCUGCUCUCUAGAGGCACUUUCACUAUCCAUCGCGCUAGCCUACCUACUCCAUCAGGAGGUGAGCCUUUAAGUCUUUAUUAUUCCGUCAACAUCACCAUUUUAAUUCUAUCCUUGCAUAUUAGGAAUUGAAGAAAAAUCAAAAGAAAACUUAAAUGACACUACUGCAAUAGAAAAUUCUGGUAUUUCAGCUUAA